GGGCGGAAGAGGAGGCACGCCCGCGGUGCUUCCCGCUCUCUCCCGCCGCCCGGUUGGGCCUAUCGCGGCGUCUCCGCCCAGGCUGAGCCAUUCGGACUCCGUGAUAGGUUUCUGUUACCGGAAAAGGCGGGGCUUGGGCGACGACUCGCAAACCACGGAAUUAGCGGACUCUCUCAUUGGCCACACAGGAUUAUCCCUGGGUGCCUGCUUCUUUUUUUGAGGAGAGCGGAAGUGGAGUCACUUAGAGUUUCUGAAUCGGAGAUUUCCCAAGAAGCUGAUGACAUGGCUAUGGAGAAAGAAAAAUAUGCUGAUGAAUUGAGAAAAGCAUUGGUUUCAGGAUCAGGAUCUGACACAUACAAAUUCAUCUUUUCUAGAGAGUCGUGCCAUUUCUCCCUUGAGAAAGAACUGAAAGAUGUCUCAGUAAGUACAGCUUCCCACAAAUUUGAUUUUAUUGAUGGAUUUUGUUUCACAUUCAAGUAGCAGUUCUAUUAUUCUUAGAGCACUUCGGGAAAUAAAUACCAAGAAAUUAGUUGGUACACUCAUUAAUAUGCCUCAAAUAUAUGUAAAAUG